AUGGUUAAAUUUGCAUUUGAAGAAUUAGUACUUAAAUUUAAACAAAGAGAAGCUUUUUUGGGACAUGAUGAAGAUAACAAAAUUCAAUUUUCUGCAACUUGUGGUGUUGUUAUUUUUGGAAUUAUUGCUUCGAUUGGGUUAAUUGGGCCGAAUGGUAUUACUGUUAGUAAACUCUGGAUUGAAUUUUCGAGUAUUGGAUUUAUGUUGGUUAGUCUUUCUGAAAUAUUUGCUAUAAAUAUACAUUAUGGAUUUAGACGAUAUUUGGCUAAUGUCCAAACAAUGCUUCAAAACCAUCAACAUAAAUCUCAUUUACUCUAUACACUUUCUGCUAUUUGGUAUUAUUUAUUUGCUCCAACAUUUAUUGUUGUAACUAUAUUAUUUAAAGUUUACAAAAAUAAAUCGAUAAAAGUUUUGGAAUAUUCUUUCCCUAGUGGAUUUCAAUUUUAUGGGUGGAUGGUGGUUAUACUUGCUGCAUUGUAA